AUGGGUAAAUCAUCACAAUAUGGCGUCAUUCUUGACGCUGGUUCCUCAGGGACUCGAGUAUACAUCUACAAGUGGAAGAAUCACGCCAAAGCGACCAAGGAUGCGUCGGCUGCCGAGCUCAGGUCUCUCCCAAAGAUCAAGCUCAAGGAAAACAAGAAGAUCCAUCCUGGCGUUUCGAGUUUUGCAGAGAAGCCUGCGCAAAUCGGUCCCGAUCAUCUGCAGCAACUGAUCGAUAUCGCUCUCGACGAAGUCCCCGACAGCAAGAUUUCCGAGACCCCCGUUUACCUCAUGGCAACGGCAGGCAUGCGAUUGCUACCAAAGCCUCAGCAGUCGGCACUCCUCAAAUCAAUGUGCACCUACUUGCAGUCGAAUACGAAUUUCAUUCUUCCGAAUUGUGAUGCCCAUAUUCAGGUUAUCACUGGUGAAACCGAGGGUCUGUACGGCUGGAUAGCGGCGAAUUAUUUGCUGGGCGGUUUCGAUCACCCUGAGGAGCACGACCAUGGCAAGAAUCAUCACACCUACGGCUUCCUCGAUAUGGGUGGCGCAUCUGCUCAGAUUGCCUUUGCUCCAAAUGCAACUGAAUCCGCAAAGCACGCAGAUGAUCUGAAGAUUGUGCGCAUGCGAACACUCGAUGGAUCACCAUCCGAAUACAAAGUCUUCACUGCAACCUGGCUCGGGUUCGGUGCCAAUCAAGCCCGCAGCCGUUAUAUCGAACGUCUACAAGAACACUACAAUACUGACUCUACCCACGAGCUGCCUGAUCCCUGCAUGCCUAAUGGCUUGCGAACUACCCUAGACGGUGAACUUGUUGAAUCAAAGUCGGAUAAGACAGUUUUGGUUGGCACAGGAAAGUUCGACGAAUGUUUGACGGUAACCUAUCCUCUACUGGGCAAAGACAAGCCCUGCGAAGACCAGCCCUGCCUUGUCAAUGGCCAGCACGUACCCGGUAUCGACUUCGAUAUCAAUCACUUCGUUGGUGUUUCGGAAUAUUGGCAUACAACUCAUGGUGUCUUUGGCGGAAAACACAAGGCUUACGAUCUGGCGACAUAUCAAAACAAUGUCAUGGAAUUCUGCAGUCGCGAUUGGUCAGACAUUGAGGGAGAUCUUGACAAACGCAAGAAAUCACCGGAAAAGAAGGCAGCCGAGGCCCGUUUAGCUUGUUUCAAGGCAUCGUGGCUGAUUAAUAUGCUCUAUGACGGAAUUGGCAUCCCUCGUGUUGGUCUCGAAGGUAGUGCAGCCAACGACACUAUUAAGGACGAUGGUGAGAAGUCAUUUAACGACCCUUUCAGGCCGGUGGACACAAUCGAUGGCAUCGAGUUAAGCUGGACUUUGGGCAAAAUGGUCCUAUACGCUGCCGGACAAGUUCCUCCCUCCGGUUCCGAGCUGCCUGUUGGCUUUGGAAGCAAUGUGGACAAGGGGAUAGCGAAGGACUUUGAGCACGCUGGCUCUUCACCUAUCGCUCCCCACACAGGUAACGACGACGAUGACGAUGACCUGGAAGAUCUUCUGAAAAAGCCUGGAAAGUCAACCGGUGGGCUCGUCGCAUUUGUUCUGAUAAUUCUGUUGGUCGCCUAUUUGCUCCGCAAGCCUGAGCGAAGAAGAAAGAUAUUCAGCAUGCUUAGCCGGCGAAAGCGAUCAGGGAAAUCAGGCCGAGGCUCCUCUCUUGUCCAAAAACUCUUCGGACGAAACUUAGGGCCAUCUUAUGAGAGAGUAAUGGAGGAGGGUGACUUCUCUGAUUUCGAAUUGGGCGAUGUCGAUUCGGAUGAACACGACCAUUCGGAUAGCAGUAGUAAUGGUUCGCGAAAGGGACGAGCAUCGGGUCUAGCGACACCUAGUAUCUCUGCAGGCCGUGCGGACGAACUCACCCGCCCUCCGUCAGCAAUGGAUCGUGCCGGACUUGUAGUGCGGACUGAAAGUCGAGAACGGCUCUCGCCCUCACUGUUGAGUGCUGGCCGAAAGAGCCGCAACGGUAGCCCAACUCGUGCGAAGAGUCCAUUCAUGUCGCCUGUACGGGAAGAUUGA